CUCGUAUGUCAGGCUGUGCAAAUAAUUAAAUACUUCAUUUCUACAGUUAAAAUAGUUUAAUGUAUAAUACUUAACACUCUAUUUAACUUAUUAUAUAAGAAAGGACUUAGGAAAGUAGAGAAUGUAUGUGAAAAGAUGUAUUUUGAAUCAUGUGUACAGAUGCAGACUAUAUCUUUCCGUCUUUUGUUAGUGAUAUCAGAGCAAAAAGGUGAAAUUGUGUGUUGUUUUAAUAUGGUGUGCAUAAUGAAAAGCUGGCGAACAGUUGACACAUUACAGUAUUUGUAAAGUUGAUGCGUAGGAUAUAAGAAGGGAAGUGAAUUGGCUACUUUUAAAAUGGCUCUGAGCUCGCUCGAGAGGGAUUAAAAUAGUUUUGAGAGCUCCACCCCAUGAAGUUAUACAAUAUUGAAUUACUGAUUGGCAUAAGGCCUGAUAUACCUGUUUAAUUAGUUUUGGACCUGCAAUGCUGGGGCACAGGCCUUCCCUACGGAUGGAACAGGGACAUUGAGCCAUGACCCACCACGUGGGCUCAGUGCGGAUUAGUGAGUGCCAACGCCUGCAGAUGCAGCUGGGACCAACGGCUUAACUUGCCUUCCAAAGCACGGCGGAGCUCGAGGUCUUGGUUAGCGGAGGCAGAGUUAGCUGAAAGACAAAACAGAAAGCCUUCAUUAUGGGUUGCGUUACGGAAUGCUUACUGGCUGGAGUAUAUGACUGGUGCCAUAUACGUGUCCACUAUAACCGCUGCCAGGAUAGUCCAACCCAUGCUGUUCGGGCAGCUGCUGUCAUUCUGGACUGUGGAUUCACAGAUGACCUCCUUCGACGCGGGCAUGUACGCCUUCGCCAUGCUGGGUUUGAACUUCGUCACCAUGAUGUGCCAGCAUCAUAACAGCCUUUUCGUCAUGAGUUUCAGUUUGAAAAUCAAAGUUGCCUGCUCCGCAUUGCUUUACAGAAAGCUUCUACGCCUCAACCAAGUGUCCGUAAGCGAAGUGGCAGGUGGCAAGCUCGUCAACUUGCUGUCCAAUGACGUGGCAAGAUUUGACUUCGCAUUUAUGUUUAUGCAUUACUUGUGGAUCAUUCCCAUACAAGUGGCCGUCGUAUUGUAUUUCUUGUGGGGUGUGGGGGGCUAUGCACCAUUCGUCGGACUCUUUGGUGUCACCAUCAUGAUUUUACCAAUCCAAGCUUGUCUCACGCAACUAACCGCUUCUGUCAGGCGCAAAGUAGCCAUGAGGACCGACAAACGUAUUAAAUUAAUGAACGAAAUCAUUAACGGAAUUCAGGUCAUUAAAAUGUACGCCUGGGAGAAACCCUUUCAAUUAGUAGUGAGAGCGCUGCGGGCGCACGAAAUGAGUGCCCUGAGGAAGGCCAUCUUUAUACGGAGCGUUUUCCUCGGUUUCAUGCUGUUCACGGAGCGCUCGAUUAUGUUCUUUACGGUGUUGACUCUCACGCUUUCUGGGAGCAUGAUAUCUGCUACUACGGUUUAUCCAAUCCAGCAAUACCUUAGCACUAUUCUUAUUAACUUAACACUGAUUUUACCACUUGCCAUAGCAACACUAUCCGAGAUGAAAGUUUCUUUGGAAAGAAUACAAACCUUCCUGGAAUUAGAUGAAAGAGAAGCUCUCAGUCAUAAAAAUGGUACAAGCAAUGGAGCUCUUAACAGAACUCUUUUUGGUGGCAAAGAAAUUAUCUUAGACCCUAUGAUCACUGCAAAAAAAUAUGCUGCAACCGGCGUUUUGGAACGGGAUACCGAAGUCAAUAAGUCAGCAAAACCUAGUGAGUUUGCUAUAGAACUAUCUGGAGUAACUGCUUCUUGGAAGGACGUAACUGCUGAGGAAGCAACCUUGAAAAACUUGUCGAUUCGUGUGCGCCCUGGCAAGCUAUGUGCUAUCAUCGGGCCCGUUGGGUCAGGAAAGACAUCACUGCUGCAACUCCUCUUAAAUGAGUUGCUGCCGCAGUCAGGUUCAAUGACCAUCAAUGGGAAGGUGUCAUACUCUUGUCAGGAGUCAUGGAUGUUCCCAGGGACAGUAAGAGAUAAUAUUCUAUUUGGAACACCUUACGAUGCAACAAAGUACAAAGAGGUAUGCCGCGUAUGUUGUCUCGUACCCGACUUUAAGCAGUUCCCAUACGGAGAUUUGUCUUUGGUGGGUGAAAGGGGAGUCACUCUCUCUGGCGGACAGAGGGCUCGCAUCAAUCUUGCUCGUGCAGUCUACAGAGAUGCUGAUAUCUAUCUUCUCGACGACCCGUUAUCUGCAGUUGAUGCCAAUGUGGGCCGAUUACUAUUCGAAGGCUGCAUACGAGGCUACCUCCGUGAGAAAACCUGCCUACUGGUCACACAUCAAAUCCAUUAUCUCAAUGAUUCAAAUUGGAUUGUGAUUUUGAAAGAUGGAGCUGUAGAAAACAUGGGCACCUACGAUGAUUUAGUGAAAUCUGGAAAAGACUUUUCGUUACUGUUGAAGGAAUUACAGGAGGGCGAUGAUACUGGGAAAGAAGGAAACAAUGAAAAAAGGCCAUCUAUGCAUCGUGGUAUAUCUGUAAGAAGCGAGGAAAAUCCAGAGGAUGAAAUAGAACAAGUACUGGAAGCAGAAGAGAGGGCGAAGGGUAACCUCAAGUGGUCAGUGGUGUCGCAGUAUCUUUCGUUGGUUAAAUCGUACCCAAUACUCAUGCUCGCUGUGUUGACGCUACUCAUGACACAAGCAGCUGCCACUUUCACUGACUAUUGGCUCAGUGCAUUUACCAACGCUGUUGACGCAUAUGUUCAAACGGUGCCUGAAGAUGAAAUACCAGAUCCAGGCCUUGGCACUAGUUUGGGUUCGUUGACUACGGGUCAAUAUCUAUACAUCUACGGUAGUGUGAUCUUGGGCAUUAUCGUGUUCUCUCAGCUGCGGAUACUAACUUUUGUGAUUGCUACAAUGCGUGCCUCGCAAAACAUCCAUGACCUCAUAUUUCACAACCUUAUCCAGGCGUUAAAGAGAUUCUUCGAUACAAGUCCUUCCGGUCGUGCACUAAACAGAUUUUCAAAAGAUCUUGGUGCUGUGGAUGAGCUCCUCCCAAGAAGUUUACUUGAGACCCUGCAAAUGUAUUUGGCCAUGUCCAGCGUGUUGGUUCUAAACGCUAUUGCUUUACCCUGGACACUUAUACCAACGGCAUUUCUUGUGGUCUUAUUUGUUUUGCUACUAAGGUGGUACCUACAAGCUGCUCAGGCUGUAAAACGGUUGGAGGGAACUACCAAAAGCCCUGUAUUCGGCAUGAUUAAUUCAACCAUAUCUGGACUGUCGACUAUCAGGAGUUCGAAUGCAGAACAUAGAUUACAAAAACAAUUCGAUCAAGCGCAGAAUCUGCAUUCAAGUGCCUUCUACACUUUCCUCGGUGGUUCUUCAGCAUUUGGCUUGUAUUUAGAUGCACUAUGUUUGGUAUAUCUUGGCCUAGUUAUGACUAUAUUCAUAGUAUUUGAAUUUGAUGGUGUGAUCCCUGUGGGAAGCGCUGGGCUGGCAGUCAGUCAGUCGAUGGUGUUGACAAUGUUAUUACAAAUGGCGGCACGAUUCACAGCUGACUUUCUAGCGCAGAUGACCUCCGUCGAGAGAACCCUUGAAUACUCAAAAUUGCCUAAGGAACAAUAUAUGGAUGAAGGACCUACUGUGCCACCAUCUACCUGGCCCGCCACCGGACAAAUCAAAUUCGUAAACGUAUUUAUGAAAUACGGCACAGAGGAUCCCUACGUGCUAACGAAUUUGAAUGUUGAAAUCCAAAGCGGAUGGAAGGUUGGUGUUGUGGGAAGAACCGGUGCCGGAAAGUCUUCAUUGAUAUCUGCCCUAUUCAGGCUAACAGACAUCGAAGGCAGUAUAAAAAUAGAUGGAAUCGAUACAUUCGGAAUUGCUAAAUCGUUAUUGCGAUCCAAGAUAUCAAUAAUACCACAGGAGCCGGUAUUAUUUUCGGCAUCUAUCCGGUACAACUUGGAUCCAUUCGACAAGUACAGUGACGAUGAUAUAUGGCGAGCCCUUGAGCAGGUAGAACUAAAGGAGGCAGUUCCAGCACUGGACUACAUGGUAACAGAGGGAGGCAGCAAUUUCUCUAUGGGGCAGAGACAACUGUUGUGCUUAGCUCGGGCUGUGCUACGCUCCAAUAAAAUUUUAAUCAUGGAUGAAGCUACAGCUAAUGUAGACCCUCAAACCGAUGCCCUCAUACAGAAGACUAUUCGUCGUGAGUUCGCUGCGUGUACUGUGAUCACCAUCGCCCAUCGCCUCAUCACCAUAAUGGACUCGGACCGUGUACUGGUGAUGGACCAGGGUCAAGCCGUCGAGUUCGAUUGGCCUUAUGUAUUGCUUUCAAAACCUGAUAGCCACUUGAAUUUCCUAGUAAAAGAAACAAAUGAUAGUAUGAGAAAAGUUCUCAAUGAUAUUGCGAAAACUAAGUUUAUCGAGGAUAAUCCACAGUGAACUGAUUAGAGGCUGUGUAUUUUUUAAUACUCAAACUGCUGAUAAGUUAUCAAAGAUAUUUUUUUUAAGGAAACUGUAAAUUAAAAUACAUGGAGCUGUAUAGAUUUUUAAUGCCUGUCGGGCAUAACAAAUUGUCUUAAUAUUAGUAAAAUAUUAAAAAAUUCUUGAUAAAUGUCCAUACAGCCUAUUAAUUCAAAUUUGACGUAAACUUGCUGGUCUGACCGAAUAUUCGAUUAUAAGACCUAACAACCAGGUCAGACAGCAAAUGUUAUAAGCCCGAAAACAUAAUACAGAACAGCACUACGUUACUUUUUGACUUUGUCGCACUAUUUUGUUUCACCUUGUUAAAAAUCAAGACAUCAAAUCAAAUAUCUUGUUUAAGGGUCCUUUCUCUUGUGUUCCGUCUGUUCUUAUUUAUUUUACGAGUGUAAGGGCACAGUAACUUUUCCGCUCGUAUUCUCGUAUUAAAGGGCUCUGGAGAAGUACCGCAAUAAGUAACACUACUUUGUAAUAUUUUCAUCUUUCGGUGAGGAACGUUAUAAGCGUGCAUUGCUCGUGGUACAGUUGGGAUAGUUCGGUUGAUUGGACUACUGGUAUUUUUUUUACAGUAGUACAGUUAACCGGACUAGUGGCAAUUUUGCUUAACAAUUGUACAGUAGACCGAACAGGCGAAAAUUUUUGUAUUCCAUAGCACAGCCGAGUGGACCAUCGUACCACGGUUAAUUUAUUAUUGCGAUAUUACAGUUAACCGGACUAAGGUAAGGCCCCCCUUGCACCCAUUUUGCUAAAUCACGAUUUAACUUAAACUUAAUUAAGAUUGACAAGAAUGUCAAAUGAAUAUUGAUGUUUUAAUAUGGGUUCAAUCUAGUUUUAGUUAAUCAAGAUUUAUGUAAUGUAACCGUUUCUUUUUGUUUUUUCGAUCCUUAGCACCUAAACACGUGACAUGCAGUGAUUUCGAUCUAAAGCCUUCCUGCUUUAUUACAAGCUUAUAAUUAAUUAACUUGUAUUUUUCGUAUGUAGCUUAAAAUUUUGUAAAUCAUAUUUCGACCACUGCUUGUUAUUUGAUUCAGCUGACAUAUGGUAUGCUUAUGUAAGUCUGGUGACAAUGCAAUAAUAUGGUACCAUGGAAUAUGGCCAUAGGAAUUUUGUAAUGAAACUUUUAAUUCUAUUAUUGAUUAUUCUUUCCCUGCAUUGGGUUUCCGAUUAAGUCAAUUUUAUUGUUUUCAUGUUUACUUAAGUAAGAUAUUUAAAAUCGUAAUUAUUAUGUUUUUAUUAUAAUAAAUAAGAAUAUUUUUUUCGGUGGUACAGCAGAAAAAACAUAUUUAUUCCGUGGUUCAUUUACCAGGACACACGAGAAUGUAUUUUUUUCGUGGUACAGAUAACUGUACCUGUCCCUAUAGCGUGAGCACCAUAAUUUACAUUAUAUCUCGUUUUUUAUCACCUCUUACUGUCAAAUUCCAUAGUAAUUUGACAAUAAAGCGUGAUAAAAUCGCGAUAUGUAUCAUAUCGCGGUGCUAAUGCUAGGGGGCAGGGAUGGUAUUUAUUUUACCAAAGUCCGGUUAACUGUACUACUCUAAAAAAAAUAACCAUGAUCCAGACAGCCGGACUAUUCGAACUGUACCAUGAGCAGACCCCUCUUUUCCAGUGGGCACUUUGGGCAAGUGCCCAGGGCCCCGCGAUCGAUAGGAGCCCACCUCAGAUCAAAUACAAAGUCCCUAGUUCCUGUUAGAUCACCAAACGGGGGUCAUAGGAGCCUCAUUAUCCUAAUAUGCCCAGGGCCUCCAAUAGGACAAAGACGGCACUGACCAUGGGUAAUGCACGGUUAUAAGGGCUCUAUUGGAUAAGCAGUAUUUCACAAAGUUGGCACUGCUAACCUAUAAAGGGCCGCUAAUGAUGCAAUAGAAAAUUGUAGGGUGAUAAAGCGGCUCAGGAGACUUGCAGAUGGCUUGUGUUUUUCUUCUAAUGUUUUAAAAAUUUAAACAAGUUUAAGGAAAUAGUAAAUUCUAAAAGUGGGCGGUAGAUAAAAUAAUUUUGAAAACCUCUGGAUAGAGGGAUGAGGAAUCGGGUUCAGCUUGGUAGAGAGAAAGUGGUUGGUACAGCCCGAACAUUUCCCCUCAGCCGGACUCUACAUUUAACAUCAAGUGGCGUGAAGCAAUUUCAUAACCCUUCUACGAAAAACAAUAUUUUUAAUCUCCCCUUUUUAAUGCAAAUGUGUCGUCAUUUGCACAAAAAGAAAGUGACUGCCCUUAAUAUUGUGCAAUAAUAAUGAUAGUAGUGUAGUAUAGCUAAUUGUUGUAUUUAAUUUUGAUAAAAUAAGAUUAGGUUCAAACGAUUAAAAGAUAUAAGUACCUACUAAGUAUGUAUAGAAUAAUCAACAUCAAUUUUGUAAUAUUUGUAAUAAAGCACACAGUAGAAAAG